AUGUCGUGGUUUUCCAUGGAAGGCAUGCUCUUCAUCGGAGUAUCAGGCGUCGCCACUACUGUUCUCGCCUGGGUGACUUGGAAUUUGCUCAACUACUUAACCCAAGACAAAGACAGACGCGCCCCCGGCACCUACCCCCUCCACACGCCCAACCCACUCCACUCGGGCGCAGGCUGCAGCCUGACCACCAUGAACGGCGGCGAGACCUCACACGGCGCCCUCAGGACCUUGGACGCUGCUGCGGCCGAUCCUGUCAUCGGCCGCGACGACAAGAUCGACCGCGUCAUCUGCAUCCUCAUCCGGCGGACCAAGAACUGCGCCGCGCUCGUCGGCCCUGCGGGGGUCGGCAAGACCGCCAUCGUAGAAGGCCUCGCGCAGCGCAUCGCCGCUGGGAACGUCCCCGACACACUUGCCGGCGCACGGAUCGUGGAGGUCGACAUGGGUGCCAUGGUCGCCGGGACGAACUGGCGUGGCAUGUUCGAGCAACGCCUCAAGGACGCCAUCAAGCAGGCGGAGGAAUCGGACGGCAAGGUCAUCCUGUUCAUCGAUGAGAUGCAUAUGAUUGUUGGCGCCGGCGCCGGCGAACGACACCCCACCGUUGACGCUGCCAAUAUGCUCAAGCCGGCGUUGGCUCGUGGUCGGGUCCGUUGUGUGGGCGCUACCACUAACGAAGAGUAUAAGCACAUCCAGAAGGAUGCCGCACUCGAGCGGCGGUUUCAGAAGGUUGUCGUCGAAGAGCCAAGCCUACAAGCCACCAUUGCCAUCCUGCAGGGGCUGAAGCAACGAUAUCAAGAGCAUCAUGGCGUCGUGAAAAUCCAGGACGAUGCUCUUGUUGCCGCUGCACAGCUUGCUGCCCGCUAUAUUACAGGUCGUCAGUUUCCUGAUAAAGCAAUUGAUCUUAUCGACGAGGCAUGCGCUACAAGAAAGAUGCAUGUCGACAAACAAAAGAAUGCGAAAAAUAAACAAAAUAACACCAUAAUAAAUACAUCAGAGGAUAUGAUUGUGGGCCCAGGCCAUGUCGCACAGGUUGUGAGCCGGUGGACUAAAAUUUCCCUCGCCACACUUCAUCAAGGGGAGAAGGAGAAGUUGAUCGACUUAGCGAAAAAAUUGCAUGAGCGAGUUGUUGGGCAGGAUGAAGCGGUCAAUUCGGUUGCAAAAGCAGUGUUGCGUUCAAGGGUCGGCUUUGGUCAAUCUGAACAACUUAUAAACGCAUUCCUUUUUUUGGGAUUCCUUGGUGUUGGUAAAACAGAACUUGCUAAAGCUCUCGCUGUGAAGAUAUUUGACACUCAAAAGGCGUUGAUUCGCUUUGAUAUGUCUGAAUAUGCUGAGAGUGGAUCUGUGUCACGUCUAAUCGGUGGACCUCGAAGCUAUGAAGAAGAUGGACAACUCACCGAGAAAGUGAAGAGCUGUCCAUACAGUGUUGUCCUAUUUGACCAAGUGCAUAAAGCAGAACCCUCAGUAUUUAAACUUUUUAUUCAAAUCCUUGAUGAUGGUAUGUUGACCGAUGGAAAAGGACGGCUUGUCAACUUCAAGAAUACUAUCAUCAUUAUGACUACGAAUUUGGGAGCAAACCACCUAACAUCAAGAAUCACCGGAGAGAGCACCAUGAGAGCUGGAAGAGAUCUUCUAACGAAAGAGAUUGAGAAAUGCUUCAAGCCUGAACUAAUGAAUAGACUGAGUGAGAUUGUGACAUUUGAGCCACUUUCACAUGACGAACUAAGGGAGGUUGUGAAAAUCCAGAUGAAGAAUGUCACCGCCAUGGUAGCUAACAAGGGUGUCUCUCUAGUUACAACUGAUGCCGCUCUGGAUGUCAUUUGGUCAGAAGCACAUGAUCCAGUGUACGGUGCAAGGCCUAUAAAAAGGUGGGUGCAAAAGCAUGUGACGGCAAUUCUCUCAGACAUGAUGGUCAAUGGAGAAGCAUGUGAAGGCUCCAGCAUCUCCAUCGACGCAACAGAGGAUAAGAUGGGGCUGAAGUACCAAGUACUAAACUGA